UUCCACAACAGCGUGCAUGCAACAGUCGCCCGACUUUCACGCUUCUCUCGGGACAGCAACCCGUCCGACCAGUCAACCUACCGCGCACUGGUAACUGGCAUGUUGUCUGAUCUCACACUUCAAAGCAGUGUUUACAGUUACGCACGUGCAACUGACAUCGCGUGCUGAUGCACGUGCUGCCGCGAGAUCACGGGAUCUACAGCCCUGACUGCAAGGCGUCAUGUCUGCUCUCCCACGUGUUGCGGUAUUGAUCUUAACUGUCUGUGUUCGCAUCGCAUCAGUGCUGAGCCUGAAGUGUGCCCAGUGCACGUCAAUCCACACCCGGCCCUGUGCGAGCGGGAGGGUGGAGCCGACAGAUUGUAUGGGCCUGUAUCAAGGAGCACAGUUUUGUGUGACGUACGCCGGCACUAUCAGAACAGGUCGGGUUGUGUUCCGCGACUGCAGCUACGUGGACAUGCACACCAUCUGCCGGAGCCAGCUGAUGGAGAACCAGAAGACGGAGGUCUGCUAUGAAACGUGCGACACAGAUGGGUGUAACUCCGUGCCCAGCUCAAGCCGCCCCUUCUAUACACCAGGUGCAAUCGUCAUGCCAUGUCUGAUCCUGGCAUUACUCAUGCCCAGGUGACAUGUCUAAUCCUGGCAUUACUCGCUGGCAUCAAUCAUGUAUAGAUGACAUGUCUCAUCCGGGCUUUACUCAUACAAGGUGACAGGUCUCAUCCUGGCAUUACUCAUGCCCAGGUGACAAGUCUCGUCCUGGCAUUACUCAUGCCCAGGUGACAGGUCUCAUCCUGGCAUUACUCAUGCCCAGGUGACAGGUCUCAUCCUGGCAUUACUCAUGCCCAGGUGACAUGUCUAAUCCUGGCAUUACUCGCUGGCAUCAAUCAUGUAUAGAUCACAUGUCUCAUCCUGGCAUUACUCAUGCCCAGGUGACAAGUCUCGUCCUGGCAUUACUCAUGCCCAGGUGACAGGUCUCAUCCAGGCAUUACUCAUGCCCAGGUGACAGGUCUCAUCCUGGAAUUACUCAUGACCAGGUGACAUGUCUAAUACUGGCAUUACUCGCUGGCAUCACUCAUGUAUAGAUGACAGGUCUCAUCCCGACUUUACUCAUGCCAGGUGGCAGGUCUUAUGCUGGCAAUACCCAUGCUCAGGUGGCAGAUCUGAUCCUGACAUUAUUCAUUCUCAGGUGACAGGUCUUAUCCUGACAUUAUUCAUGUUCAGGUGACAGGUCUUAUACUGGCAUUAUUCAUGCUCAGGUGACAGAUCUCAUCCUGACGUUAUUCGUGCUCAGAUAACAGGUCUGAUCCUUGCAUUAUCAUGCGCAGGUGACAGGUCUAAUCCUGACAAUACAGAUGCUCAGGUGACAUAUCUGAUCCUGGCAAUACAGAUGCUCAGGUGACAGAUUUCAUCCUGGCAUUACUCAUGCUCAGGUGACAGAUCCCAACCUGGCAUUAUUCAUGCGCGGGUGACAGAUCUCAUCCUGGCAAUACAGAUGCUCAGGUGACAGAUCUCAUCCUGGCAAUACAGAUGCUCAGGUGACAGAUCUCAUCCUGGCAAUACAGAUGCUCAGGUGACAGAUCUCAUCCUGGCAAUACAGAUGCUCAGGUGACAGAUCUCAUCCUGGCAAUACAGAUGCUCAGGUGACAGAUCUCAUCCUGGCAAUACAGAUGCUCAGGUGACAGAUUUUAUCCUGGCAAUACAGAUGCUCAGGUGACAGAUCUCAUCCUGGCAUUACUCAUGCUCAGGUGACAGAUCCCAUCCUGGCAUUAUUCAUGCGCAGGUGACAGAUCUCAUCCUGGCAUUACUCAUGCGCAGGUGACAGAUCUCAUCAUGGCAUUACUCAUGCUCAGGUGACAGAUCCCAUCCUGGCAUUAUUCAUGCGCAGGUGACAGAUCUCAUCCUGGCAAUACAGAUGCUCAGGUGACCGAUCUCAUCCUGGCAAUACUGAUGUUAAGGUGAUAGGUGUCAUCCUUGUAUUUACCCACGUCCAUGCGACAGCUGGGUUCAUCGUUUCAUUACUCAUGUGCAGGUGUCAUGGUGAGAUUAUCUCAAACAUCAUUUUAAAUAUAUCGCUGUUGAUAAAAUGUAUGUGGGUUUCAUGGAUUGUUCGGUAGAUGAAGUUUACCCAUCCGAUAACCUGGAACCCGAUUUGGUUGAAUAUUGAACAUGGCCGCACGGAUAAGAACUAUUCCUGCAACUGACUUUGAACUCCUUUGAGGCGCCGUUAAAGCCAUCAAUCGUGAACGAUGUAAUCUAAUUUUCUUAAUGUACAUUUUAGGCAUCGUUAGUGCUUGAACUGUUCUCAGGUUGAUUUGUGACUUGAUUUGUUGAUGCGUGAAUGAGUGAAUAUUGUUAAACGCCGUCGUCAGCAAUAUUCCAGCUAUAUAACAGCGGGCUGUAGAUAAUCGAGUUAGUAACAACCCGAUGGGAUUGGUUCGUCUAGUACACAAACAAUAGAGUGUUGGGAGUAUUCUAUCCUGGGAAUGAGGGGCGAUCGGGUAGCCUAGUGGUUAAAGCGUUCGCUCGUCACGCCGAAGACCCGGGUUCGAUUCCCGACAUGGGUACAAUGUAUGAAGCCAAUUUCUGGUGUCCCCCGCCGUGAUAUUGCUGGAAUAUUGCUAAAAGCGGCGUAAAACCAUACUCACUCACUCACUCACUAUUCUGGGAACUGACGUGUCCUUCCAGAAUUGACUGUCCACUCAAAGAGGACCUCUGAUAAAGGCAGCACUUGUUCAAAGACACGAAGACACCGUUACAGAAUAUGGAGUGUUGUUCAUCAUGUAUGUUAGGUGAUAGGUCUAUUGUUUGAACUGUGUGUUUGUUAUGGUUGAUUAGCAUGUGUAUAUCGAGUAACUGUGAGAUUGUAUUGUACAUUAAAGUUCAGCAAUUGUAGUUGAUAAAUUUCUAAUUUUACAGAUGUUGUUUGGCGUGAGAUAUUCACCUGUUUUGCCUACAGCCUUAAAGUAUGAAUGUUUUAAUUACAUGUGUACCCAACAGGAUCGAAUUAUGUUUGAUAAACCUACGUAUAAGAAAUUAUA